CCUUUUCCCGUUGAGUCGAGGAAACGCGAUCUGUCGGCGUUUCCCGAGAGCGAGAGAAGAAGAAGGAGAGAUGAGGAAAUUGGUCCUGGUCACGGCCGCCCUUGUGGGCGUUCUUCUCUGUCGUUCGUUGCUGCGUGCGACUGCCGACGUCGUAACCCUUAACGCCGACACCUUCGCCGAUAAGUACUUUUAUGAGCACAAGCAGAUGUCUGAACUCGGGAAUUCACAUGUGAAGGAGAAGGAUACAUUAUGGUUUGUUAAAUUCUGUGUUCCAUGGUGUAAACAUUGCAAGAAUCUUGGCUCACUAUGGGAGGAUCUAGAAAGGAAUGUUGAGGGCGAGGAUGGAAUUGAGAUUGGGGAAGUUGAUUGCAGUACUAACAAACCUAUCUGCACGAAAGUUGAUAUUCAUUCAUACCCAACUUUUAAGCUCUUCUAUGAGGGUGAAGAAAUUGCUAAAUAUAAAGGCCCUAGAGAUGUGGAGUCAUUGAAAGCUUUUGCUCUAGAAGAAGCAGUAAAAGCAUCAAAAGGGGAAUAUGACAGUGACAAAUCCUCGUUGUAAGAUCGGUGGCUGUUGGGAAGAUGUGAUAUUUGUCCCUCGUGCGCUCUUCAGAGAUUCUGGUUCAACGUCUACCACUGAGCAGAAUGAAUCAGUUCACCAAGUUUUCUGACAUAUUUUCCUGAUAUCUCUCCUCUUUCUUAAACUUAUUGUUUUAUAUGUUUCUUUGUAAAUUUUGGUUCACUUAACAUUAAGAGCGUUCUGGUUAUGGCUUUUUCCUUGUUUUUGUAAUAAGCCAAAUUUAUGGACCGAGGGAUGAUAUUCUGACUGGCCCUGAAACUCCUGUACGAUACGAAGUGCUACUCUUCUACAGUUUCAGUACCAUUAUUUUUGCAAUCUAUACGAGUAGCAUUCUUUUUC